AUGAUGGCCUCCCCUCAGCCAGGCAGCCCACCUACAGUUGAGCAGAUUACACCAUCUCCUGAGACUGAGCCCAGUGAAGAGAGUGAAAACAUAGCUGAGAAACCAACUAAAAGAAGAAACAAAGGGAAACCGUCAAAAUCCCAGAACAUAUUUAAAUGCUUAGUAUGUCACGAAGCAUUUUCCAGCCCAUCAGCCUUGCGGAGCCAUAAACUCUCAGCUCAUGGUCAAGACAAGCAGCAACCAUACACCUGUGGGCAAUGCAGCAAGACCUUCUCCAGUCGAGCUCAACUCUCUAAACAUCAGCGCUCACAUUCGGCUGAGCGUCCAUUCCAAUGCCCUGAGUGCCAUAAAGCAUACAAGACCCACACUGAGUUGCGCAAUCACAGCCGCUCCCACACUGGAGAAAAACCCUUUGUUUGUACUGAAUGUGGCAAGGCAUUUAUGCAGGCCAUCUGCCUGCGCAUUCACAUGACGCAACACAGUGGUGACAGGCCUCAUUCUUGUCCCCACUGCACUAAGAGCUAUCCUACGCUGUCCAAGCUGAAAGUUCACCAGCGCUCCCACACAGGAGAGAAGCCUUAUUUCUGUGCAGAAUGUGGCAAGAGUUUUGCUGACCCCUCUGUGUACCGCAAGCACCGGCGCAAUCACCAAGGCCACCGGCCAUAUUCCUGCCAGCAGUGUUCCAAGACAUAUACAGAGCUCAAGGAUCUCAAGAACCAUGAGCGUUCUCAUACAGGUGAAAAGCCAUACCUUUGCUCAGACUGUGGCAAGGCCUUUUCACGCUCCUCCUCCUUGGCCUGCCACCUGCGUAUUCACUCCCAGAGCAAGCCAUACCAGUGUGAGCAAUGUGGUAAAGGCUUCACUCAGCUCUCUUCCUACCAAUCCCACCUUCGCACACAUUCAGGUGAGAAGCCCUUCCUAUGUCCACAAUGUGGAAAGAUGUUCUCAGACCCUUCCAGCUUCCGCCGGCACCAGAGGGCACAUCAGGGAUUUAAGCCCUACCCUUGUGACAAGUGUACCAAGAGAUUUCGACAGCCAGCCGAUCUGGCUGUGCAUCAACGUGUGCAUUCGGGUCAAAGGCCAUACAAAUGCCAAAAUUGCGAUAAGGCCUUUGUUGCUUCCUGGGAUCUGCGUCGGCACAUGCUGGUACACACUGGCCUUCGACCAUUUUCCUGCACUGAUUGUGGCAAGUCCUUUGCAGAGCGCUCCAGUCUUAACAAGCACAGGAGGGUGCAUUCUGGAGAGCGGCCAUUCAAGUGCCAGAUGUGUUUCAAGUCAUUUGUCAUGUCAUCUAGUCUGCGCAAACACGAGAGGACUCACAUACCCGAGAGACCAGUGCGACAAGAACAGGCCCCUGAUUCUGACCAGGCCCCUGAUUCUGAGCAAGUCGUUCCCCAAAACAGCAGACCACAAUUCUCUUGUGUUCAUUGUGACAUGAUUACCUUUGGAACAUGGGAGGAGGUGCAGGCCCACAACAGCCUCCAUGCAAUCUCUCCUCCAUCAGAUUCCACAAAUAUACGCAUUGGCCCUUUUAUUUGUGAAACAUGUCAGGCUGAGUUCCCGCAGUUAUCUGAACUCCAGGCACAUGAGAAGGUACACCCCAAGCCACGGCCACAUGUAUGUGAAAGCUGCGGCAAAGGUUUCCUGAACAAAGCUGGAUUACGCAAGCAUCAGCGCAUCCACUCGAACAGCCGCCCACACUGCUGUGCAGUCUGCGGUAAAUCUUUCCUCUUUGCUGCUUACCUCCGCAAACAUCUGCGUACACACCGUGAAAAUCAGACAUCAUCGCCCCUGCCACAGACAGACAUUACCCACACACAGCCACUGCCAUCCCCACCGAGCUCAUCCUCCCUAAUAAAAUCGGAGCCUGCUACGAUUUCUCUAACCAUGCCUGUCAUCGUACCAGCAACAGCAUUUCAGACGAUGUCAGGACAUGUGUACAAAAACAAAGAUGAGAACAACUGAAAUAACAGUGUAUUGAAAGCAAUUUUCAAUAUUGGGUGGGUGUUUGAUUAAGGUAGCACAAAGUAUUGUUUCCUACCUGGUAGGCAUGUGACAGGACUUACAAAUCACCUGUGUGGGCAAUAGUCCCAGACUGGCAUGCCAUACAAGAAAGGGCAGGUAGUGUUACUGCCUAGGUCUCCAGGGUCCCAGGUUUGGUGAAAGUUCUGCCAGAAUAUGUACUGGAUAUUAUAUAUUGCCCCAGGGUGUGUGUGAAUGUGCAUAUGCAUGGUGCUUUGCAAUGGACUGGUGUCCUAUACAGGGUAUAUUCACACGCACCGUGAUCCGCUGCAAUCAGGGUAAAGCAGUGGCUUAAAAUCAUCAUGUAUUCACCAAACACAGAUACAUACAUACAAGUCUCUUAAUAAUUCCUGCUGACCCUUCAACUCCUAGCAGGUUUCUCAAAGAUUACUUGGAUUGUUAAGGGUUUUUGACUUAAUUUCAAAAAGGUUCUGCUCAUAUGAUAGAUGAGAACUCUGUUGUAAGGUUCAACAUAGAACACUUCACAUGUUUAUUUAAAACAUUUUAAGGGUUGUGUAUGUGAUUUUUUUUACUGAAUGUAUAAACCGAGAAGUUUUGUAUGAUGACUAGAAAAAGAUGCUGUUUAAACAUGAUUAUUUUAUUAUUAUUAUUAUUAUUAUUAUUAUUAUUAUUAUUAUUAUUAUUAUUAUUAUUAUUAUUAUUACAUAUAACUGUGUAUUUGUGUGCUUGAUCAUUGCUGCUAUAUCACAUUUUAUAUCAAUCUUUGAUAUACGUGUUUUCCCUGAGGUUUCAUUUUGUUUUAUAGGGUACUGAAAGGGUCAGUAUUUUACAUAAAAGUCAACUUUACACAAAUGCAUGAAUUUAUUAGAUUAUAGAAAAGACCCGUACAUUUCAAAUCACCUUCCAUCCCCAGACAAAUGUCAGUUGUCUAUUCUGUAUUCAAUAAAGUAUCUCAAAGAAUUGUAA